AAAAAUCGAUUAUUUCUCCUCGCACUGGGAGAGGAGAGGGUUUGGGGAAAGACUCGGUCAGGAUUGUGGGAAGGAACAGAAACAGCAAUCACCAUCAAGCUCCAGACGUCCAGCAGUAUACCAGCACCACCUUCACCUCCACCAUCGCUACACCGCUCCACCGGGUCCUUCUCCGCUCACCGGCACAUCGCAGAGAGACCAGGCGAAGCGCUCUCGCCGCCUCCUGAGCAGACACUGUCCGAUCAGAGAGAGAGAGAGAGGGGGGAGAGAGAGAGAGAGAGAGAGAGAGAGAGAGAGAGAGAGAGAGAGAGAGAGAGAGAGAGAGUAGUUGUCUCUGACAUUAUAGAGACUCCUACCACGCACUGUAGGUUACUUUUUUUCCUCCUGGCGACGUCCUCAGCUAAGUUGCGCUCCUGGAUUUUAAGUGCGCCUUGGCGAAGUCCGUCACCAUCAAGCAGCAGCUUCAACCUUCCUGUCAGUCGGCCGGACCAAACAACCGGCGGACCGCUUGUAUCUUUCACUUCACCCGGACAAGAUUUCACGCGAAAUAAAGUACGGAUGCUGGAAUCUUUGAGUUGAUUGGAACAAAUAGAAAGCAGAAAAAAGACAGAUAAAGGAAGAGACGAAGAUUGAAGAGAAAGAAGAAGAAAGAAGAGAGAGGAAAGAAAGCAUAAAGUUCUUUAGAAAGAGGAGAGAAAGAGAGAGACUGGGACGAUGGGGAGGAAAAAGAUUCAGAUCACGCGGAUUAUGGAUGAACGCAACAGACAGGUGACAUUUACAAAGCGAAAGUUUGGCCUGAUGAAGAAGGCAUAUGAGCUGAGUGUGCUGUGUGACUGUGAGAUCGCCCUGAUCAUCUUCAAUAGCACCAACAAGCUGUUCCAGUAUGCCAGCACAGAUAUGGACAAGGUCCUGCUUAAAUACACCGAGUACAACGAGCCCCAUGAGAGCAGGACCAACUCCGAUAUUGUGGAGACAUUGAGAAAGAAGGGCCUAAACGGCUGUGACAGCCCAGACCCCGACGCAGACGACUCGGUCGGCCACAGCCCCGAGUCCGAGGACAAGUACAGGAAAAUAAACGAGGACAUUGAUCUGAUGAUCAGCAGACAGAGACUGUGUCAGACCGUGCCCCAAUCGAACUAUGACAUGCCUGUGUCCAUUCCCGUUAACAACCAGAACAAUCUCAUAUACAGCCAUCCUGGUGGUUCCCUGGGCAACCACAACCUGUUGCCACUGGCGCACCAUGGCCUACAGAGAAACAGCAUGUCUCCCGGAGUUACACACAGACCCCCCAGUGCAGGUGGCCUCAUGGGUGCUGACCUCACCACUGGCGCAGGCACCAGUGCUGGAAAUGGAUACGGGAAUCAUCGCAACUCGCCAGGUCUGCUCGUCUCUCCAGGUGGCAUGAACAAAAACAUGCAGGCAAAGUCUCCCCCACCCAUGAACUUAGGCAUGAACAACCGCAAACCUGACCUACGUGUGCUCAUCCCCCCUGGCGCAAAGAACAACAUGCCCUCCAUCAACCAGAGAAUAAACAACUCCCAGUCUGCUCAGUCAUUGGCCACCCCAGUGGUAUCAGUAGCAACUCCCACUCUACCAGGACAAGGCAUGGGUGGUUACCCAUCUGCCAUCUCUACUUCUUAUGGUACCGAGUAUUCCCUGAAUAGUGCAGACCUAUCCUCCCUGUCUGGCUUCAACAGUGGCAGCUCCCUUCACCUUGGCUCAAUGAGCGGAUGGCAACAGCAACACCUUCAGAACAUGCAGCAUUCAGCCCUCGGCCAGCUAGGAAAUUGCUCUAGCUCACACUUAUGUCAGGGUUCAAAUCUCUCCCUGCCCUCUGCUCAAAGCCUGCACAUCAAGUCCGAACCUGUUUCUCCUCCUAGAGAUCGCACCAACAGCACGGGGGGCUACGGUGGCAUACCACCUCCCCAGAACCGCCAGGACUCUGGACGCUCCCCUGUUGAUAGCCUGAGCAGUUGUAGCAGCUCCCACGAGGGCAGCGACCGUGAUGAGCACAGGAAUGAGUUCCACUCACCUCUGGGACUGACCCGGCCCCUGGACGAGCGCGAGAGCCCCUCCAUCAAACGGGUGCGCCUGUCAGAAGGAUGGGCGACAUGAUAGCUCUGUCCUCUUCCCCGGCAGUGCCCUAAGUUUCCCUGAGCCCCCCGACAACGCAGCGUUAUGAUGCCCCCACGUCAGCUCCCUCCUCUCCCGCCUCUUGCUCGAUAUCACGAGUCACCCACCACCCAACCCCAUGGCCUCUCUCCUUUUAUCUAUUUAACGCUGAAGGAAAGAAAAGGGACAGCCCUUUUCAGAAAUAUGUUUGUAAUUUCUUUUCCUUUUUUUAUUUUAUUUUUGCUGAGUGUGCGUGCUAUACAUAUUGACAUUAUAUAAACCAGUGGGGUGUUGUUAUGGGGGUUUGGGAGGGUCGGUGUUGGUUGGGAUGGGAUCUUGGGGUAUUUUUGUUGGGGAACUAUGCAUAAAUUGUAUUGUGUGUGGAUAAAAAGAAUCACGUAUGCAUAUAUCUUUACACGUGUGUGUGUAUGUGUACAUAUAUGCAUAUCAACAAAUAAACAAAAAAAAUAGUCAGGUACUCUGUUUCAUAAAACGUACUUACACUUUGCCUCAGCGAUAUAACAGUGACUAGAGACAAAAAAAGAAAAAAAAGAAACAUUAACAUGAGAGUGAGUGUGUCCAAUGGAAAACACCUUAGCACUUGAUUUGGACAGACAAUACAUGUGUACAGUGUCGGUUUCAUUGCUAUAUACCUUCUCUGCAGUCUCCCUUGCAAAAAUGUGUGUUAACAUUAGAUGAUGUCAUGUUGCAGGUUCAACGUAUUUAUGUAAAUAGAGGGUCAAGGGGGGAAGGGCAGGGGUCAAAAGUUGCCAGACAUUACAAGAUUUAUUUACUCACUAAAGGAAAAGCUAUUAUGCAACAUUUGAAGGAUUGUACAGGUAAACAGGCAGACCCAAUGCUAGACGUGUGGAACCUUUGAUGAUUUUAGCGCUCCCAUUAAAAAACGGAGCCGAGCGAGGACCACCCUUUGAUCUAAGAGCUGCGUUAGUGUAAUCAAGAAAACUCUGGAUCUAGUAUUAAUAUUCAGUAUUAAUAAACAAAAAAAAAGGAAAAAUAAAAAACAAUUGUACGAUACACUUGCUUAUAUUUUCAUAUGAAAGGAAUACAAUGCAAAGCAUUUUUGUGGCUUUUUGUAGUUUCUAUAAGCCAGAAUGUGUUUUUUGAUAGCUUUGCUAAUAAGAGAUGGAUAGUUCACCCAGAGGGGAAAAGAAAGGGCUUCGCAGUCCUAAGCCAUGAAAAACCGACUGAGAUCCAAUGCUUUGCUGAACUGUUUUAUCUUUGUAGAGGUUUGUUUUUAAACGUGUAUUUCUAAUUAUAUAUAAUAAUGGUAAUAUUAAGAUUCUUUUAAAAAAAAUCUGUGAAAUUAACAUGCUUGUGUAUAGCUUUCUAAUAUAUAAAUAUAUAUACUAAUGAUUUCUGUUGGUUUCUUAGUGGAGUUUCUAUGUGCAGUUGCACAUGUUGUCUGGUUUGUUUCAUUUGAGCCCUGAACAGUGCUGUUCAGGGGUGUAUUUAGUCUAACCUUAAAAACCAGCUGGAAAGCAUUGCCAGGGUUUGUGAGACGGAGGAAAGACAGGCCUGAAUGCUGAAACACAACCUGUUAGUGGAAAAUGUCAUGAGACUGGAACUGGGGACGACACAGAAAUAAAUGUUGACACAUGAUGUACAUGUCAUACUGAUGAGGAAAUAUGACUGACCCUUAGAUCCACGUCUAGAUCUAUCAUUUGAAUGCAUCAGAUACGUCGUUCUAAAUGAUCUCAUUUAAUAUGCUUAAUCUCCUAAAACAUGUUUCUGACAUUAGCGAUGUUCCGUUCCAUCUCGAAUGUUCACCACUUCUUGUUCAAGAUGUUGCACAAGCCACAACCAAAUCUAUACCAUUUUGCUUUUCAAUCAUAUUUAUGUAAUAUCAUUUCAAGUGCAUUGUUAUUAAUUAUCCCCCGGUCAUUUGCAAACCCAAUUUGAUUCGGUGUCGUCCUGUGACUCCUCAUGUUCCACUCUUCAAAACAGGGUUCCACAUCAUUUAACACAUGUCACAUGACAGUUCAGCGUCAGAUACACAAGGACAGAUUGAUCAUGCUGGUAUGAAAGAAGCACAAUUGUUUAUUUUAAAUAAAUAGCUGUUUUGAUUUUCUCUUUUUUAAACAAUGAAACUAUCCACAUAUCUCUCUGCCUCCCACUCCCGUAUCUGCUGUCACUUAAGUGUUAUAAUAUUUCUGUGUGCAUAUUACAUGCAGGUUCACUAUGUUGUUACUGUAUACAGUCUGUGUAGUCAAACAGGGGCAGAGCCUCUAUAAUGGUGUUCUUCUCUUUAUUUCUUUUUUUUUUUAUUCAAUACAAAAAGGUUUAGAAAAGAAAUAAACAUGAUGUUUCAGGCAGCAUAAGUGUGGAGAAACCAAAGCCAGUGGCAUUUCUUUGUUGUAAACCCAACUUUUAUUUUCACAUUCAUUUAUGGUUUUUGCAAGCAUUGAAACAAGACAAUAAAAGAAUUUGCUCAAAUGUACAAUUGGUUUCACAUUUCAAUUUCAGUCAAAUGUAGCUGUAGAUGUCAAACAAACCACAUUUAUUUACUUGUUUAGUUGCUCAUUUGUCUCCCUGUGCAUUGAAAAGGUUAUAUUCAAAAACCUAUUUUGUAUUUAUAAUUUGUAAUUCGCUGAGAACCAACUGAAUCAUUCAGGCCUGAUCAUGUGAAACACAUGCUUGCUGUCCACUUGAUCAAAGCACACCAAACUAAAUUAUCGUGCUGUUUGAUAACGGAUUAUACAUAAUGCUGGUGGAUUAGAGUGCUGUAGUUUUGACUGUAAUUUUAACCAAAGACAGACAAAACUUGGCUUUAUAUCUUUGUUUUCUUCUUGUGUUUGUUCAAUUUGAACGCCUUUUUUUUUUUCUCACCUGUUGAUCAGUUGUUCUUUUUCAUUAUUACAAUAGACUUAAUGUUGGUACCUCAAAAUUGACCCAGGGAGUACCUCAGCUGAUGUGUUGGUAAAAGGGAGAGACUAUACACCUGUACAGCCAUGUGUAAUAACCAUGUAACACCAUUGCUAAAGGUCCCUAUACAUUCACAUGGGAUUCUCUGUUGCUCCACCGUGUUUGUGGUUUAUUUAAGUUGCAUUGGAAAGCUGAAAAAUACAAUCUUUUUCUAAAAAAAGAGUAAUAUGUUAAAAUGCUUAAAAAGUCAGUCUGUAGUAUCAAAUGUAGCUUGUAUAAACCUGAAUAUGGGGAAGGUUUGGAACUAAGGUUUUCUGGAACGCAAGAGCGGCUUUCAGCGGCAUAAGCUGGCCUUUGUCGCCACUUGAGACUAAAAUGGUAUUAAAUUAAAUCCACAUCUCUGUAACUCAAGGGACUUGAUUCAGCUGUAUGUAGUGAAAACGUAUGGGGAUGAAAUAAAAGUCUCCUCUGCUGGAGGGAAAGGCUAUUUGUAUUUUGCAGAGAUUUCAGUAAAGUUACUGGCUUUCUUAGUUAUCCUGAUGUGGCUUGGUGUGAUUUCAUUGUGUUUGACUUGUUUCUGCAUGCAUCUCCAAACGGAGGCUUUACUUCCAAUCUGUACAGACUCAAAAAAAACAUGAAAAUCUUCCAUGAUGUCAGUGCAUGCUUCCAUAUAGCUGCUUCACUUUAAGACAAGACAUUGUAUGACAUUGAAAUAAUGAAAACAGCAUCAUUUUCACAUUUGCUUAGAAACAUUUACAUUUCAAAAAUGAGCAUUCUGACAUAAGUAUUCAUACUGAAGACAUUUAUUUGACAUUUAAAGCCAAGGUUUAUCUCACUUAACAUUACAGUUGCAUCAUUUAUGUCAGGGUUACAUUGUGCCUUAGACAAUAAAACAUGGACCUUACAUGCACAGGGAAUAACACGUGUUCAUAAACAAUGCAAACACAGUGAUCUGCUCCUACAAAUCAAAGAGAUGUGAACACACACACAUUCAAAUGGUCUAGGCCUGCCCGGGGACAAUCUUGCAUUCCUGAAUAAAAGAAGAAGAAGAAGAAGAAGAAGAAGAAGAAGAAGAAGAAGAAGAAGAAGAAGAAGAAGAAGAAGAAGAAGAAGAAGAAGAAGAAGAAGAAGAAGAAGAAGAAGAAGAAGAAGAAGAAGAGGAAAAAAUAGAAAAGGAAGGAAUACCUCGUUCAGUAAUAAUACAUUAUUUCUUCUUUCUUUUCUUUUCUUUUCUUGUUACCCUGUAACAAUCGUGUGGGACUGUCUGACGCAAAGAAAACGUAGUGGAGCUGUUAAGAAUUGCGCAUUAAAUAAGAAUGGCAGUGGACAGCGCAGUGUUGGCUUCUGAAACAGUUACACAUUUAUUAAGUGAUGAUGGUGUCGGGAUACAUUGUCAACACGCAAACACUAAUUAAAAUAUAUAAUUAUAUAAACAUUUUUAAAUUAGACACGUUUGAUCCCAGCUGGGGUUUUGACGCGUUAUGUCCUUUCUGCUCUGCCUACAUGACUACAUGGGUCGCGUUUUGAUGUUUCUUCUUUAACUAAAAAUCAUCAAUUGUUUAUUUUUCUUUAUUACUUAAAGUGGAUAAAGAUAAAAACAAGGAAGCAAAACAAAAAUAUAUGUUUUCAUAUAGAAACGUCAAGUGUCUUUGAAAUUCGAUAGCGAGCUCUGUUCUGACCUUAUUUAUUUUCUUAUAUACCCCUACUGUUGUUGCUUUUUUAAAUAUAUAUAUAGUAUAAUAUCUAUAUUUUUCAUGGGAUUAUUGUUCAGUUUUUCGUUAGAGUCUUGGAUACGCAAUAGUGUUUUGAAAGAGCAUGGCUCACAUCAUGAUGCCUCCUCAGAAGACAAACCGAGUUGGAAGUGAAGACACAUUAAUCUUUCAAAUCAUUCGUAGCUGUAACACAUUUUUAGAAACUCUGGGAUCCCUGUGUCCUCUUUAAUCGAAUCAGUCCCAUCAAUUGGAUUACAUUAUUAUAAACGAAAGGUGUGUUACGAUGCGUUUGCUGAAUGUACCUGCAAAUGUAGGCCUACCUGUAGGACGAUGAUACAUUUGAACAAUUUCAUGUUUCAUCAUCAAUUAUUCUUUUAAAAUUUUAAUUGUAGGCUUAAAAGCAACACAAAUAAAUAUUUAUUUCGAAAUAUCCGAAUUAUCUCCAGCUUUAUUAUGUGUGUUUCCGACCCACUAAAUGAGUUUGAUUU